UUGUUCACGAUCUCGUCUUGGUCAGCACGCGUGCGCUUGUCAUCACACCAUCUCAUCGCCCGGAAGGAAUGACAGGCCGCGAAAAGUACGCCGGCGCAUUGGGGCUUCUCUUAGGACUCACAGGAUUUUUGUGCUAUCUCCUUCUGUCCCCGCCGACUGGAAGCGGACGGUCCCUGGCCUGGGUCCCAGGCGGCCCGGCGGAGGCGGCGAUGGCGGCGGCGGAGUCGGCGGGGGCGAAGCACGUGCUGGUGCCGGUGGCGGACGGCAGCGAGGAAAUUGAGAGCGUGACCAUCAUCGACACCCUCGUGAGGGCCGGGGCCUUGGUGACCGUUGCCAGCAUCGGACCAGAGGUGGAGGUGACGUGCUCGCGAGGGGUGAAGAUCAAAGCGGAUUGCAAGAUCGCCGAGUGCGAGGCUCGCGACUGGGACGCCGUCGUGUGCCCGGGAGGCAUGCCUGGCGCCGUGAGCCUCAAGGAGAACGAGACCCUUGAGGCCAUCCUCAGGAAACAGAACUCGGAGGGGAGGAUCGUUGGCGCUAUUUGCGCCGCUCCCGCCGUGGUUCUCGCCUCGCACGGACUGCUGGAAGGCAAACAGGCAACGUGCUAUCCCGCGAGCGUCUUCCAAUCCAAAAUCCCGCAACUUGUCUCCGAGAAGGUCGUGGUCGACCAGAACUUGAUCACCAGCCAGGGCCCCGCGACUUCCAUGGCUUUCGCUCUGCAGCUGGUGGGCUCUCUAUUUGGUCAGGAGAAAGCAGACGAAGUUGCCAAAGGCCUGCUAUUCAACUGACGUGGGAGCACAAGGAAACUGGCGCGGGUUUCCUUUGUAUGCGGGCCGCAACCCCGCUCCCCCCUUCCCCGUGCGGGAUCCCGCGAACGAAAGAACAAAAAAAAAAUGUAAUUAUUGGUUUACGAUUCGUUGCAGGUUGUUUGGGUUUGUCGAACGGCAUGGAUGUCAAGAGUCUUCCUUGUACGUCCUGGUGUCAAAGGUGAAGUGUGUUGAAUGGUCAUGAGGCCGCGCCUUGAGGGGCAGGUGUGGUCUAACGAUUCCGUGGGGUGGGGUAGGGGGGGG